GGCUGCGAUCAGGUGACCAGAGCCCGCUGGACUGCCCGAGCCGGGCCGGCUGCUGGAGCCCUAGCUGCCGCCGUCCGAGACGCCGGCUUGCUGCGGUACGUUGGAGGUAGGGGAGCGGCUGGUCCAGGGCGGGUCGGCCCCGUACUCCCCGGAAGCCCCCAGUCCAAUCCCCAGGGCCGCUGCCCAGAGCGGCCGGGGCUUCACUUUCUCUUCCCUCGGAGGACGCACUGUAAGCGCUUUGAGAUCCGGGGCUUCUGCCGGUGCUGGAGGGAAUCAUUUCUACCCCCACCAUGAUCUGGAAGAACUUUGGCUCCAGGGUGCUCGCCGCUGAGAACUUCUCCAGCUGUCCCAAUGGAUCCCGCUGGAUCUGGGAUGUAUUCAACGAGUGUGCCCAGGACGGGUGGGACGUAGCCAGCGUGGUCCUGGGCCUGUCUUCCAUAGUCUGUUUUAUUGCUGCUGCCUUCCCCCAGUACGUCAAGGCCUGCAGGACGGGCAACAUGGACCAGGCCAUAUCCAUUUGGUUCCUGAUGGGUUGGCUGGGUGGAGACUCUUGUAACCUCAUUGGCUCAUUCCUGGCCAAUCAGCUACCUCUGCAGACUUACACUGCCAUCUACUAUGUGCUGGCCGACUUCUUAAUGAUAUCUCUUUACUUCUACUACAAAUACAAAAACCAGCGCUCCUUAAUCUCAGCCCCCAUCAACACAGCCUUCCUGUUCAUCUCCUUCGGGGCAGUGUCAGCCAGCCCCCUCCUCCUCCAGCUCAGCCCCUCUGCCCCACAGGAGGUCUUCCGGAGCAGGACCCUCCUGUACACCGAGCCCACUGAUCAACCUUUCACCAAGCAGGAGAUCAUCGGCUUCACCAUCGGCUCUAUCUCUAGUGUGCUGUACCUGACGUCUCGUCUGCCCCAGAUCUACACCAACUUCCAGAGGAAGUCCACCCAGGGUAUCUCCUACUCCCUCUUUGCCUUGGUGAUUUUGGGCAACACCACGUACGGGCUGAGCGUGCUGCUGAAGAAUCCCGAGUCUGGGCAGAGCGAGAGCAACUUCUUGCUCCACCACCUCCCCUGGCUCAUCGGCAGCCUGGGCGUACUCCUACUGGACAUCAUUAUCUCCAUUCAGUUCUUCAUCUACAGACAGCAGCCCUUCUCCCCUGAGAGAGAGCCCCUGCUGGGCCAGCAUCCCAGCUGACCAUGUGCCGAGGCCAAACCCGGGAUGGCCAAAGGAGCAGGCAGACACCGCGGCAAGGAGGGGAGCUUGGAAGGGAGAUGGCGUGUUGCCUACCCCGAGUCAGGAUGAGUUUGGGUGCUAGGAGGAGCCUGGGAUGGUGGGGCAGAGGAGAGCCCUGAAUGUCUCCUGUCUCUGGCUGCUCUCCUGCCCUCCUCUGCUGUCACGUCUCUGAAAGCCUCUGUGAGCCUGCUUCCCUCCUUCCAUAAGCCAGGACUUGCCUCCCCAGGGACCAGACCCCACUGAUCCCCAGCUUAGAUCUUGGGCUCCUGGGCAGGGCAGGAUGGGCUGGGAUCACUAGGGUAUAUCCCGUCAGGCCCUCCCUCAGCUGGGCGGCACUCUCCCCCCACCCCUGACCUCUCCAGGGGCUGGCCUCUGGUCCCCACAACUCAGCUAGCAGUUUCUCCUUCCCUUCUAUUUUACCUAGCACCAAACUUACUAAUAAAAUCCAUCCAAAUGGA